AUGUUUACCAAAAAAUCCCAUCAAGAUGUCAAGAAAUCUACUGUUAAGAUACAGGAUUCUAAAAAGGAUUCUGCAACUCGAUUAAAGCACCUUAAAAUCGUUCUAGAGCAUUUUGAUGCUGAAGAAGCAAAAACGUAUUUUGAAAACAACUUCAGUCAUGUGUACUUUAUACUGUAUGACAAUUUUAUUCAAGCAGAAAACAACCUACGCCAAAGAGAACUUCCGUUUCAUCUUGUACACAAGGCUGGCAGAGAAGAACUAGAAGGAGCAUUAUCUCUUCUCGAGAAAGUAUUAUGUCUUCUCCCCGAGUUGAUAGGCAAGAGAUGGCAACUUCAUUCACUGACCAGAAUAUUUUCAAAGCUCCUCCAUAGUUGGAAUUCACAAAGACUUCGAGCAGAAGCUAUAAGAUAUUUCCUGUUAUGGUAUCAAGCUUUAGGAGACAAUGCCCCUACAGAAGUGCAUAGAAUGUUUGCAUCUCUGGUCCCAGGAUUACCAGAACCUUUCAUGCAACAAAGUGGUACACCAUUAAAAAGUAAACCUUUUGAAAUUGGAGCCAAUGUUUCCCAUGAAUCUGGUGACUUUAGUAUUGAUGAUAUUAUGCAACAUCCUAAUUUUACUACAGCCACUGACAAUGCCAAGAAAGUCGUAGUAGAACAGACUCCAACAGGCAUCAUAGGAAAGAUUGCAAAUGUUUCAGCUUCAAUAUUUCAUGAUACAAAUGCUCUAAAUCCAGUACAAACUGUUGAGAUACAACCACUACUACCAGCAAGUGCCAAUGAGAGGCCAGUUGAUAAUGAAACUAAAUAUUUUUUUGAGAUACUGCUUGAUAGCAUGGCAACAUCAGUUACAAAAAUCCACUGGAAAGAUCGAUCUCACACAAAGGCCAUGAGAUGUUUUGGUUUUUUAUUAGAAAGAUUUAAAAUGUAUUAUUUACCCAUUAUAUGUCCUCAGUUCAAUCACAAAAACUCACUUUACAAACCGAAUCUAGAACUCCCUGUUCAGCAUAACAUAUUGGAGGAUGACUUUGUUCUGUGUCGCGUUAUACUGAUAAAGUGGGUUGCCAGUUUCGCUCAUUUCAUGAAGAAGCAAGGUAGCGACGGUGGUCAACCAUCUUCAAUGACCAGUACAGGGUCACACGUGCAUUCAGGCACUCCCACUCCAGCUACAUCACUCCACCAUGAGGAAGAAACAUCGUUUACAGUCGGACACCCAUCGGAUUCUAGUCGUGCGUCAUCGCAUGACUCUGUAUCUAACACUCCGCAUCCCAGUUUGGAUUCAGGUUCUGUAAUUUACGAGGAAUUGAGCGCAGAAUUGGUAGUACGUGACGUACUAUGCUGCUCAUCACGGGAACAUGUAGACUUUACCAUCGAAGUUCUGCGACAAGCAUUUUUAUUGCCGUUCUCGCAUGCCGCCGCAGUGAGACGCGUCAUCGCACUGUACAAAGACUGGAUCCAGAUGAACGUAGCAGAGAUUCCGCCGUUCCUGAUGGAGAGCGCAUUCGAGCAACCAGGCGGCGAGCCGCUAGCGCCGCCUCGGCGACUACGUAACGACUCGUAUCUCGGCGCCGUCGGCAGAGACAAUCUAAUGGUCCGUGCGGGGCUGCAGAAUGUACUCCAAGUUUUCAUGACUCAAGCGGCAAACGUUUUCCUAGCAUCGCCUUCGCCCGUGGCGCCCCCUGGAGCUCUAAGCCAGCAACAAUUGCUUGACGAACAAACGGACACUUGUAAACGCGUACUCAACAUAUACAGAUACAUGGUGAUGCAUGUAGCUAUGGACGGCGCGUCAUGGGAACAAUUGCUUUUGGUGCUGCUACAAAUAACGUCUUUGGUAUUAACAAAAAUACCACCAAAAAGAAAACAAGAAUCAUUAGGUGGAUUCCUGGCACCAGCUUUAUUUCAAACGUUAAUAGUCACUUGGAUAAAAGCAAAUCUAAAUGUCGCAGUGAAACCAGAGCUGUGGCAGAAUUUUAUGGAGUUACUGUCGCGACUCACCCACUGGGAAGACCUCAUAAAAGAAUGGGCGAAAACAAUGGAGACUCUCACGCGGGUGCUAGCUAGGCACGUCUAUUCUCUAGACCUGACGGAAACUACCGCCUCCACUGACGGUAGAGGGCGCGGCCGGCGCACCACCCCCGCCCCCGCGCCCGCCCCGCACCCGCGCCCUCCCCUCCACCAGACUACGGGGCCGACAGUGACAGAUGCGAGGACACCGGGAAAAUCCCCCAAAACCGGCCAUGAGCCGCACACGCGAAAAGAUGCUGGAGGUUCUCGCAGACAGAUGGCUAGGUGUCGCAGCGAACCACAUCUCGCCAAAGAUACGCAAAUAGAAGAAACCAAAGAAGCUGUCGUAUGCAGAAAACCUAAAAGGUGGUACUCGCUCGAUUCACUAAGACAAUCUGCACAACACGAAGAACGAGAUUCUGCAAGCGGAUCCCGGUCUCCAUCGCCGGCGCCCUCUAGCGGCGUCGAAAGUAGUUCUAUUAAGGAUUCCCCCCUACAAAUCGAUUUAGCCUCAGACGGUGGCAAUGUUGAAUGGUCGGAAAGCGAAUCUGGCCUUGGUGGGAUUGGGGCGGGGGAGGGCGGGCGAGGCGCGGGGGCGGCGGGCGUAGGAGUAGUUUUGGGCGGCACCGCUCGGGGGUGGUUACCCGACGUGGCGGCCGUACUGUGGCGACGCAUGCUGGCCGCGCUCGGAGAUCCCAACCUAUUACGCGAGCCCCACGCCCACGCACAUCUAUAUAACUACCUCAUACACCUCAACUCCACGCUCCUCAAGAUAAGCACAAAUCAAACUCUAAAUGGGAACACAGAGAUUCAUGUGCCGUUCAAUUUGUUCGCUGGAUGGUGCCUGGAGGCGGAAUCUUUGCCGCCCUCUCACAGGGCCGGCAAGUUACUCGCGCUGCGUCUGCUUUGCGAGUCGACGCAGGCGCAAGGCGCGGGAGCGCCGUCCUCAUGCAACAAUCGGUUGCAUCUAGCGCAUCUCAACUUAUACCAACGCGCUUUGCAUCACGGUUUAACCGGAGAAGAUCGGUCAGUUGUAGACGUGCUAGUAGAGUAUGCGGCGCCACGUUACCUGUCGCUCGCUCUCGAUGGUUAUUCGCUACUAUUACUCGACUUCGUACACGCAUCUACGGUCGUACUCAAUUCUUCAGACAUGGGUGCUUCGUGUCCUCGUACGGCGGCUGUGACAUUUUUGGGAUCACUGCUGUCGCUCCCUGACGGGCUUAUGAACGCUCCAAUGCUUCAACCUUAUCCACAUCAAUACAACACCGUCUCUUGUCCGGAUCUAAAGGAGCACGUGCUAAACAUAGUGGUGCGCGUUUGUCGGCGCGAAGGCGCUGCAGCCGCGCGGUGUGCGGGCGCGUGCGCUCUCACCGCGCACGUCUGCCACGUGCUCGCCGCGCGCGCGCCUUGUCCGCGCCUGCCCGCAUACGUCACUUGCCUGCUGCAGAUGCUCAUGAUGAAAAACAAAAUUAUUGCCAAAGUAGUGAGCGACUGUGUGUUAGUGCUCGCUGACUACACAGAUCGAAUCGUAGAAUUAUAUCCAGGUCUUGCUGGUAAAAUAAUAAAAUGGAUUUGCGCGUGUUUGGCUCAACUGUCUAGUAUUAGUUCGCGAGACUCUGUGCGCCCUCUAGCGGGGUCUUUACUUCUAUGCCUCGCGGAGUUUGCAGUUAGAUGUGGUCCUGCACUACUUAUGGAAGAAAAGGAAGGGGACCAGACAAUCCUAUUAAUUAUAUUCAAAGUAUUACACGCUGUGAUGAAAGGAACAAAUGGAUCUGAAAUAGAGGGAUUAUCUUUACCUGUCGAUGAAGAUUUCGACCCAAACAUACAGUUGGACAAUUUAGGACUUAAGUCUUCGCCUGUUUCUACAAUCGACGUAAAAUUGUGGGCACAAACGAUAUGCAGUCAGCUGGUGGUGUUCUUGGGCCACUGGCCGCUAUGGGGCGGCUGUCAAAUAUCAUGCCGCGUGUGCGAGCAGCACGACAGUCCAGCACUAGGCGGGGAGUUGGGCCCCGCGGUACUGGCGGCGCCACACGUUCAACUGAUGCGGCUCAGCGACGCCACGCUCGCCUCGUUCGUGGAGCUGCCGGCGCUCGACAUGCCGCCCGGUGCCGCCGCCACCACGCCAGGUCUAUCAACGUCGGACCGACAAGUGCGUGUCUUGCUGCGCGACAUCGCCGGGAAGGCUUGUUGGGACGCGUCCGCACUCUACUACGACCCAUCCUCCAGUUCAGAGGAACCCCUCGAACCUUUACCUCUGCCUGAUAGCGAUGACGUUCCGCGGGAAAAUACGUUAUCAUCACUCCCACCGCCGUUACCACCGGAUCUACUUCCAGAUUACAAAAACUCACCGCCAGACAAACAUCAAUUAGAUCACGUGUUGGCGUAUAUCGGGCACACGUCACCGGAAGUAGUGGGGGGGCGUCGGUUAGACGGUGCGGGCGCAUCCCCAUUACCGCACGGUGCAGAAGACGAACUAGUGGCCACACUGGUGUCGCAUAGGAACGCCGAACGAGCAUACCUCGCCAAUAAAGACAGUGAUGACGAAGCAGAGCCGGGUGAAUGGUGCGGUCCGGUGUCGCCGGGCCCGUUCUCACAGUGUCGGUUGCUGCUAGCACAACUCGGGGCACUGGCGCCCGCUCGUAGGGCGCACGUGCAGCUGCUGCGGCGCUCCGACCGGCUGCUGAGGGAACUGCGCAACCUGGACGGGCAGCGAUGUCGCGAAACGCACAAAGUGGCAGUGAUAUACGUGGCGAAAGGACAGGAGAACCGAAACGAGAUACUAUCAAAUCGCUGCGGCAGCCCUUAUUAUGAGGCGUUCCUCGCCGCGCUGGCAUGGGAGGUGGAACUGGAAAGCCACGUCGGCUUCGCUGGAGGUCUCCGCGGCGGUGGUGGAGGGGGUGUGAGCGCGCCCUACAUCGCCACGCUGACUCUAGAGGCGUUGUUCCACGUAGCCACUCGUAUGCCCGCCGACUCCGCCGACGCUAUACUCAACAAGACCCGACAUUUGGGCAACGACGAGGUACACGUAGUGUGGAGCGAACACUGGCGGCCGUACAAACGGGACACGCUGCCCACGCAGUUCUGCGACGUUCUCAUUGUAUUGUACCCGCUGCCCGGUGGACUGAUACGGUGUACUGUGUCUAGGAAGCCUGACGUAUGCGUGUUCGGUCCGUUAUGGGAGGAGUGUACGAUCCGUGUCAGUUGCGCGGCCGCUUUAGUACGAGGGGCGGCAUUCGCCGGAGGAAGGGCUGUUAGAGCCACAAUGCCUUUAUAUCAACACGCGUACGCAGAACGGGCUAGAAGUUUAGACGCCCUAGUGUCUCACCACACGCAGCCUGCAACCUUCGAGUACUUCGUGCAACGUAUACGGGAACCGGUCCCGCCCACAGUCAACGUGCCCGUCGCUACUGCAUCCACUGAUCAAGGAAGCGGUCGUCUAGCCGCCGCGUUGCUCGACCACGGCGCCAGCACGUGGGUGAGCAGUACCUCUAGCACCGGGGCAGACUCGCACGCAGUUUCCCCGCGCCCCCUCAAACGACUGGGGCCCUUCAAGCGGCCCCUCGUGCCCCACCCCGCCCCACACUCCGCGCCCCUCCCCACCCAGGCCCCGCCCCAUCCUGCCCCGCGCCGGAAUCGGUGAGCUGAUCAACAAAUUUAACACAACGAGAUCAAUAUUACACACAAGAGAACAAACUUGCUUGAUUGAACGUAGCACAGGACCACAUGCAUUUUAGCAGUGUCUCAUCAUACACCCAUCCUCCAGUUACACAGCCCGCGCUGGAACCGGUAAGUUGGCCAACCAUCUUGACUAACGAAACGAGAUCAAUAUUACCCAAGAACAGAAGAAGAAUGACCAUAGCGCUCGUUUGACUCGUAACCCAAAUCGCGUCGCGUGGCGUUGUACAACCAAAAUGUUCUAUAGCUAAGUGGACUUCAGCAAUAGAAUAGCGGUUGAUUUGUAAACAUCUGAAGAGCCCCAAGUCAUCCCCAUCAAAGUGACGCUAUGUCGAAGAAACCGAUGGGUUGCUAAACUAUUUUUACAAAAAACGGCACGGUAGAAAGGCUUCAAUAUAAUUGACAACGGCGCAGGCUCUUACACAGGUUCAUUUUAGCAAUUUGAUGAAAAUAUCUGUACUUAAAAUUAUUUCAAGUGUGCAAUGGAGGGUAGAGCCUUUUAAAAAUGCAAAUAUCUUUAAGAAAUGCGUCGUUAAUUGCACGAAAUUCAUGUUCGUCUAUGAGAGCAAGACUUCAUUUCUAAUGCCGGCACUUACUUAACGUAUUUUCUAUUUGUAAACUUGACAAUACAGUAUGUCCCUAUCAUGCUUUAUGAGGAAUGAAAAGGGCAGACUGGUGUCAAGUAUUAUAUUGCCUGCAUAAUGAAACAAAUAAUACUUGUCAUACGACCUCACUACACAGACAGUUAGUUACGAUUACAAUAAAAGUUUGGUCGCUUGAAAAUGUCAAAUCACAUUUGUCAGCUGCAAAGUACUUAAAAUUUAAAAAUCACCCCCAUUUUUCUCUGUAUAAAGUCGCCGUUACUAAAGCUGAAAAUCGAGUUAUACUAUUGGGUACUUGGAACAUGUGUAUAGCGAAUUAAAUUUAUGUACAGCCAGGACCUUUAAUUUGAGACCUAUGCAUUACCCAUAUUUCAUUCGCAUGCA